CUUCUGAAGGUAACACCCCCUGUCAUACUGAUGCAUGGAGCACAAUCUGUAGGCCUGUACGGUGAUCUUAGAAUUAGUACAGGCUAUACACUACGGUCGUGUAUCACCGUGUUUAUGUAGAGGAUACAUGCACUAACGUAUUGUGGGUGUACAUUUUACUGGUGUCACAUAACGGAGAUAGGGAAGCGCUAUAUUAAGGGUCAAAACACAUGUCGAUCUAGUCUACCUAGCGCCACACAUGUAUGUGAAAAAGUUAUCAAUUGGAAUUAUGUGUAUCAUUCUUUUGUCUUAAUAAUCUGAACUGUUAAAAUACCAGACGGAUUCUUGGCACUUGUGUUUCUUUUUCUUGUGGAAGUUACUAUGAUAGUUUGGUGGCCGUAGGCAAUCGGCGCGUGCUCACGUGAGGAAGGCAAGAGGUAACUAAGCAUUGUAUGACAACAUUCCACGAUGGCAGAAGGAAUGUGCGCCACGUGUUCCAGAUAUCUCCUGAUAGCAUUCAACUUCUUAUUCUGGGUAUCAGGAGGCGCGUUGUUGGGGCUUGGUAUAUGGGUGCGGGUGGAUAGUCAAGUUGAGGACACAAUAAAGCAGUUUGUACACAUCAAUCUCCCCGUCGACGUCCUUUAUGCCGCCGCUUACGUCUUCAUCGCCGUCGGUACAUUCAUUUUCGUCACUGGGUUCUGUGGUUGUUGCGGUGCCAUUCGGGAGAGCGCUUGUAUGCUAGCGAUUUACAUCGGGUGUCUGACUGUAGUCAUUCUUGGAGAAUUAACAGCCGGAGUGUAUCUAGCCAUUGAACGCACGAAUCUUGAACAGAUGUUUAAUGAAAAUUUAUCGAGUCAAGUUCAAAACUACACUGAUCCCGGCAACUCUACGAUGGACUUCUUACAGAUCCAGUUCGAUUGCUGCGGGUCCUACAACUAUUCCGAGUUUAAUUCCAGCGUCUAUGCACAAAAUCUUCCCGAACAAAGUAGAAAGGAAUGGUUUGUGCCCGACAGCUGUUGUGUGGCAGUAAAGGUACACAACGCUAAAAUAUCCGACAACGACAAACGAACAUGUCAGAAAGAGGCUAAGACGAUGAUGUCAUCAAAUACAAAACAGCUUAGGACAGCGGGCUGCUACGACAAGAUCAUGAAGAUGCUUUAUACCAACAGUGCUAUACUUAUAGGAGUGGGAAUGGGCGUUGCAUUUUUAGCGGUGUUAGGGAUUAUAUUGUCGAUUUGUCUAUGUCGGAACCGCACGGAGUACUGGGAGUGGGAAUAACGGCGUUACAUUAUCAGUGUACCGUCAACUGUUACCUCACCUUCAACGUCAUUAAUGUAACAUCAACUGUUACCUCGUCUUCAACGUCAGUAGUGUAACAUCAACGGUUACCUCUCCUUCAACGUCAUUAAUGUAACAUCAACUGUUACCUCGUCUUCAAUGUCAGUAGUGUAACAUCAACGGUUACCUAUCCUUCAACGUCAUUAAUGUAACAUCAACUGUUACCCCGUCUUCAACGUCAGUAGUGUACCAUCAAUUGUUACCUCACCUUCAACAACAGUAGUGUACCAGCAACUGUUACCUCGCCUUCAACGUCAGUAGUGUACCAUCAACUGUUACCUCGCCUUCAACGUCAGUAGUGUAACAUCAACUGUUACCUCGCCUUCAACGUCAUUAAUGUACCAUCAACUGUUACCUCGCCUUCAACGUCAGUAGUGUACCAUCAACUGUUACCUCACCUUCAACAACAGUAGUGUACCAUCAACUGUUACCUCGCCUUCAACGUCAGUAGUGUAACAUCAACUGUUACCUCGCCUUCAACGUCAUUAAUGUACCAUUAACUGUUACCUCACCUUCAACGUCAGUAGUGUACCAUCAACUGUUACCUCACCUUCAACAUCAGUAGUAUACCAUCAACUGUUACCUCGCCUUCAACGUCAGUAGUGUACCAUCAACUGUUACCCCACCUCCAGUGUCAUUAGUGUGGUAUCAACUGUUACCUCGCCUCCAACGUCAGUAGUGUACCAUCAACUGUUACCUCACCUUCAACAUCAGUAGUGUACCAUCAACUGUUACUAUUAACGGUUAUCUCUUAAAACGUCUACAAUGCACCAUUGACUGUUGCCUCGGCUUCAACGUCAUCUUACUAUUAAUUUGACUUCGCCUUCAAAAUUAUCAAUCAAUAUGACAUCAACUGCUAUUGUCUUUAACAACAUAAGUUUACCAUCAACUUUUACCUCGCCUUCAGUGUCAUUAGUGUGGCAUCAAUUGUUAUAUAUUACUUAGCCUUCAACGUCAUCAAUUUAUCUUCAGUUGUUUCUCGCCUUCAACAUCGUCAGUUCCAUCAUCUUUUACCUCGCCUUUCGUAUCAACGAUGCACAAUCAACGUAUUUCAAAGCAACAACUGUUACUUCAUUUGUAUUGCUACCAAUGUACAGCAUUUGUUAGUCGCCUUUAUUGCAAAUGCACAAGCAAUUCUUACCUUGCCUUCAACUUCAUCAAUGUGCUGUGAACUGUUACCUCGCCUUUUUGUACCUGAGUAUGUAAAUAGCCACCAAUGUGUGUGAACAACCACUCAUGAUUGUAGCUACGGUAAGCAUUGGUGUAAAUUACUGUCCCUGUAUUGAGUAACCACCAAUGUAUGCGAGUAUCUUUUCAUGUGUAACCCUACCUGUUUAAUCACUCACGUGUGUAUGCAAUUAUUCACAUAUGUAUAUAUCUGUCCAUGUGUGCAAGAAUCCACCAAUGUAUGCGAGUAUCUUUUCAUGUUUAACCCUACCUGUUUUAAUUACUCACGUGUGUAUGCAAUUAUUCACAUAUAUAUAUAUAUAUCUGUCCGUGUGUGCAAGAUUCCACUCAUGUAUGUGAGUGACCAGCUGUGUAUGUAAGGAUCCCGGUUUAAAUUUAUCCACGUAGGUGUAAAUAAAAUAUCGUAAGAAACCUAUGUAUUUACGUAUGUUACCAACCACCCAUGUUGUAAGCAAGAACCCACAUAUAUAAUUAAGCAUUUACGUGUAAGAAACUACAAUGGUUUGUAAGCAGAGGUUGUUAAGACACCUAGCAUUUAUACACACUACCAAAAUAUAAAUGUAAGCAAACCCCUAUUGCGAGAAAACAAACAACUAUGUAUGUAUAUCAUCAUUGAUCCGUGUUUGUAAUCAGCCAUCUCUGUAUGAACCGUCAAAAUAAAAAGAAACUAGUUCAAGUAACACUGGCGUAAAAAGUCACCUAUAUAUUAAAAAAUAAAAAUAUUUUUUAAUCUAAAAAUAACCUUGAGACAAUGUAACGCCUAAAUGGACUCAAGAUUGUAACACCAGUACUGUAUGUAACACCUACAUGAACAUUAAGACUGUAUGUAACACCUACAUGAACACCAAUAAUGUAUGUAACACCUACAUGAACAUUAAGACUGUAUGUAACACAUACAUGAACACCAAUACUGUAUGUAACACCUACAUAAACACCAGUACUGUAUGUAACACCUACAUGAACAUUAAGACUGUAUGUAACACCUACAUGCACACCAAUACUGUAUGAAACACCUACAUAAACACCAAUACUGUAUGUAACACCUACAUGAACACCAAUAAUGUAUGUAACACCUUCAUGAACACCAGUACUGUAUGUAACACCUACAGGAACACCAAUACUGUAUGUAACACCUACAGGAACACCAAUACUGUAUGUAACACCUACAGGAACGUUUAGACUUUGCACCGUUUACAAAACAUUGGGAUUGUACACUGAGAUUGUGCACAGCCUAAAAUAAAUACUGGAACUGUAAACUUAUAUUAUAUGUAUACGAAUAGUUAAUAUAACAAAGUAUUUUAGACAUGUGAUUUUGAUAUGCUAUAUACAGAUUAGGAAGAAAUGAAUUUUGUCAUAUGCUGAGAAGGAUAACAAAACCAUCAUUACGUUAUUAAGAUUGAUACCUAUAGAAAAGGUUUGUUCCUGAUGGUAAACGAUUUCAUUCUGGUACAAAGAUUUUAAUUGAUGCCUGUGAUUUUAAUUAUUCAUUUCAUCAAAAGAGACUUUGUUAAUCCAGUUCAACAGCAUCGUGAUACAAGAAGAUCUUAAUUGAAUAUAAUCUGAUAAAAUAACGAAUGUGAAGUUAUGUGUCAUAUAUGUUCCCCAAUAAAAGCAUAGUGACCCUU